GACUGGUCCCCGGCUGCGGGUAGGAAGCUCAGGCCGGGGCCCGGCUGGCGGUCAAGGCCCGGCCCGGGGCGCUACAGCUGCCUUCUUCGCCAUGGCGGAGAAUUGGAAGAACUGCUUCGAGGAGGAGCUCAUCUGCCCCAUCUGCCUGCAUGUCUUCGUGGAACCCGUGCAGCUGCCCUGCAAACACAACUUCUGCCGCGGCUGCAUCGGCGAAGCCUGGGCCAAGGACAGCGGCCUGGUUCGAUGCCCCGAGUGCAACCAGGCCUACAACCAGCGACCAGGCUUGGAGAAGAACCUCAAACUCACCAACAUCGUGGAGAAGUUCAACGCGCUGCACGUGGACAAGCCGCCGGCCGCGCUGCACUGCGUGUUCUGCCGCCGCGGCCCCCCGCUGCCCGCCCAGAAGGUCUGCCUGCGCUGCGAGGCUCCCUGCUGCCAGUCCCACGUGCAGACGCACCUGCAGCAGCCCUCCACCGCCCGCGGGCACCUCCUGGUGGAGGCCGACGACGUGCGGGCCUGGAGCUGCCCGCAGCACAACGCCUACCGCCUGUACCACUGCGAGGCCGAGCAGGUGGCCGUGUGCCAGUACUGCUGCUACUACAGCGGUGCCCACCAGGGACACUCUGUCUGCGACGUGGAGAUCCGGAGGAAUGAGAUUCGGAAGAUGCUCAUGAAGCAACAGGACCGGCUUGAGGAACGGGAGCAGGACAUCGAGGACCAGCUCUACAAACUGGAGUCUGAUAAGCGGCUGGUGGAGGAGAAGGUGAGCCAGCUGAAGGAUGAGGUGAGACUACAGUAUGAGAAGCUGCACCAGCUGCUUGAUGAGGACCUGCGGCAGAGCAUGGAGAUCCUGGACAAGGCCCAGGCCAAGUUCUGCAAUGAGAACGCAGCGCAGGCCCUGCAUCUCACUGAGCGCAUGCAGGAGGCCAAGAAGCUGCUCAGCUCUGUGCAGCUGGUCUUUGACAAGACGGAGGACAUCAGCUUCAUGAAGAACACCAAGUCCGUGAAGAUCCUCAUGGAUAGGACUCAGAGUUGCACAGGGGGCAGCCUCUCACCUCCCAAGAUCGGCCACCUCAACUCCAAGCUCUUCCUGAAUGAGAUCUCCAAGAAGGAGAAGCAGCUGAGGAAGCUACUGGAAGGCCCCUUUAGCACCCCGGUGCCCUUUCUGCAGACGGUCCCGCUGUACUCAUGUGGUGUGAACAGCAGUUCUGGGGCAGAGAAACGAAAGCACCAGACAGCCUUUCCUGAGGCCAGCUUCCUGGAGUCCCCGUCAGGCCCUGUAGGGAGCCAGUUCGUGGGCCAGCCGGCCUCAGCCGGGGAGGGCCAGUCGAGCCAGCUGGGGCCCUGCAGCUCUACUCAGCACCUUGUGGCCCUGCCAGGGGGGGCGCAGCCUGUCCAUUCAAGUUCGGUGUUCACACCGUCACACUACCCUAAUGGCGCCGCUCCACAGCAGCCCGUGCUACCCCAGUAUGGGGGCCGCAAGAUCCUCGUCUGCUCUGUGGACAACUGUUACUGUUCCUCCGUGUCGAACCACAGCAGCCACCAGCCCUAUCCCCGUUCUGGCCAUUUCCCCUGGACAGUGCCCUCGCAGGAGUACUCACACCCACUCCCACCUGCCCCUUCUGUCCCGCAGUCACUCCCAGGCCUGGCUGUCAGAGACUGGAUAGAUGCCUCCCAACAGCCUGGACACCAGGAUUUCUACAGGGUGUACGGCCAGCCGUCCACCAAACACUACGUCACGAGUUAACACCGGGGCUAAGUGGGGGGACUGGGGGGGCUGUUGGGCCACCCCCAGUCAGCCCCUCAAUUUUGCAGCCCCUAUUCUUCCUCUUUUCCUUUGAUGGCUUCUCUCCCCCUCCUCCCAUUUUCUUUCAAUUUUUAUUUUCAUUUUCUUGGGGGGGUUUUAUACAAAUUUGCUGGAAGCCAAGAAGAUCACCGGACUUGGGGGUCUAGGCUGGGGCUCUCUGUAGCUUCAAAGGUGCCUCACUCCAAGAGGGGUGUGUCUCUCUGUCUCUGUUUCUCUAUUCCCCUCCUUACGCCUCUUCCUUGGGCCCCCCCUCCGCUGGAAGGAUCUGUGGUGCCCCACCCCCAACCCCAACCCCCAGCCCGGCUGUGGCUGGAGGGGCUGGUGCCUGCUGGGCUGAUUCUACCUUCAAUUUCUUUUGGGAAGGUCAAUCACUGAUUCAGUAAGAGAUGACCCCGUAGAUUGUGUGUGGUUUUUUUUUUUUGUUGAAUUUUUUUUUUUUUUUUUAAGCCAAGAAUGAUUUUUUUCCCCUUCCUUUUCCCUGAGUUCAAAGGCCACUUCUCACACAGCUUUUGGCAUCUUCUGGGCACAGAGCAGGAUCUAUGGACAUAAUGAAAUAACAGGAGCCUUCCAUGCCCUGGACAGGGGGAGAGGAAGGGACUCUGACCACAGGCCUGGACUCUGACAAUGAUGACAAAUACCAAUAAUAAUGAGAGAGGCCUAGUUGAGAUCUUAGGGAUGGGUGGGGGCAGGGCUGUCCUGCUCUCACUCCUUUCCCGGAUUUUGACGCUGCAACUUCCUGUAAUGAGCACUUUGUAUAAAACGUGGACUUCCUGUUCUAAAGGCACAGGUAUUUAUUCUGUAACCCGUUUUAGAGCACACACCCAAAUCCAACCUUCUAAUAAACAUGAUGGCAGACUUC